GGCACAUAUGCAUCUAUUGCUUUGCUGCUUUUCAACUCGUUUUAAGCUGCGGCUUUCAGAAUGAGCUCUGUUUGUGUAUGGCGGCGCCAUUUCUCGCGGUUUGCAACAAAAGUUCGCCAACUUUCAUGUGAGCACCCUCAGACGUUCCACGUUCCCGUCAUGAAAGAUGAGAUUGUCCGGUUCUUUGAUCCGAAACCUUCACAGGUGCUGUUGGACAUGACGUUUGGCGCCGGUGGGCAUACUCGUGCUUUGCUCCAGCAAGUCCCCGACCUUACGUGUUUCUGCUUAGAUCGCGAUCCGGAAUUUGUGGUGCAUGCUGACAGGCUUAUGCGUGAAUACGGCAAAACGGAUUAAACAACAGUCAGCGGAGCUUAGCUCGGUUCACAUCUGAUCGGCUGAUUCGGAGAUCUCGCUUGUAUAUACCUGCUCCAUCACAGUUGGAUUCUACGGAGUCACAAAACGAAACUCGUGUUCACUGCACUGUUGUCAAUUGUGACAACAUAUGUUACGAAGCAGCGGCGAUCCGUACAUUUAAGGCCACCAAAAAGCGUUUGCGAUUCCUAUUUUGCAAUGCCAUCUAGCGCACGUUCCAUCAAUCGCCGUCAAUUUUCUCCACGACAGCGUCAGAUAACCUCCAGCGUGGUGUUCUUCACACAGAUGGGUCUCGAGUUCGUUCCGCUCCGUUUUACUCUCAAUUGCAGGAAUUCGUUUACCACUAUGUCGGGCAAGUUUAGCGACCUCCCCCACCUCUGUGAGAAGCAUGGGCUAAAGCCUUGUUCGAUAGACAUGAUCGUGAUGGACUUGGGCGUCAGCUCUAUGCAGUUGGAUGAUAGGACGCGGGGAUUCGCGUUCAAAUCGGAUUGUGCCUUGGACAUGCGUAUGGAUGGACUCAACUCGAAUGCGUUAACAGCUGCCGACGUUAUCAACAAUUUGGACGCCCCCAAUCUGGCCCAGAUAUUCAAGUUGUACGGCGAUGUGCGGUUCGCUCGUCGCAUAGCAAACGCAAUACUGGAGCAUCGACAGACACUUGGUCCGAUCAAAAGUACUAGACAAUUAGCGGAAGUUGUUGCCUCUUUGGUCCCCACGCGAACUAGUGCACUCGUUGAAAAGUACAAGCAAACGAAAUACAAAAUACAUCCGGCCACGCAAGUGUUUCAGGCGUUACGGAUUUUCGUGAACGAUGAAUUGAAUGAACUGUGUGUCGGAUUGGAGAUGGCACAUAGGCUACUCAAACAAUCCCACCCCUCCUCCGACGCCCCGGGUGGGCGGGUGGCUAUCAUUUCGUUUCACUCCUUGGAGGACCGCUUGGUAAAAUGGGCUCUGACUGAACGUUCGGACAACUCACAUGUCGGUUUGGCAUUUCAGUUGGCCAAUCGAUCGGUGCCGAACGUGGCCGCUUUACAGAGACGACGGCAUCUGCUCCGCGAGUUGGAUCCGACACAGCAUGCAUCCGGACCCACUGAAGGUGUCCAACGCUGGAAGCACACAAUCGGCCCACUACUACCGACACCACGCGAAAUAGCGGAAAAUCCAAGAAGCCGUUCUGCUAAACUGCGAGCCGGGGAGAAAAUUUGAGUUUCUAUGCCUGUCAUUGAGAGAUGCCUACCAAGAGCUUUCGCGACCAUCUAAACGAGUCUGCUUCGAACGCACAUCAGCGCCAAUUGAACAUUCAUAUCCCCUUCAAAAUAACUGUGAAAUGAAGCACAGCAGCAUCCAGUGCAUUUUUCGAGAUUUCCACGUUACAAUAGACGAAAAUUUGCAAUUGCUUCA